UUCUGUGGAGUGGAAGUGAAUAUAUGAAAAGGAUCUCUUUGCUUCAAUGUGUGUGACAGUGGAGUCUGGUGUUUUCCAUUGUCAAACACGUACCAGAUGACCAUCCUUGUGUCAACCCUGAUUCAGAGCAAAGCUAAGUUGCAGGUAAAGUGUCUGUGUGUGCUUAUGUUCCUGAGCUUCCCUCUGACUAUGACUGAGAUCCCUGGUCCAUGCAGACACUCCAUCACUAGGGAGCACCUGCUGACAGUCAGACAUCUGAUGGACAACCAAUUGAGGAGUGGUUGCUCGAUAACGUACACAUUCAUCGAACGCAGAAGUUUGAGUAAAUGCUGCUUUGUAAAAGCUGCUUUACCCUGGAUCCUGGAGCUCCUCACCACCCACUUCAAAUAUAGUCGGGGUUCAGUCAAUGAUGGCUACGUUCAGUCCCUGAGAGCGCUCAUCCUCAACAUCUACUCUCAGAAAUGUGUGCCUCAGAUUAAUGAAGAGGUUGAGGAUAAGCCAGAGAGUUUUGAGAUGCUCUACAGUGGGUCACCUUCAGAGGCACUGCAGCGAGCUUCAGAGGUGCUGUCUGUUUACUGGGAGCUGGUGACAACGAGCGACGCGCCAGUCGACUGGAGGUGCCAGCACGAAUACGCAGACUUCUUUAGCUCUACCACAGAGCUAUCUACAGAGUUACCCACGCAUUUUACUGACAGUUAUGGUCGGAACUCAGUCAAGGCCUCGCACAGACGACCAGUCAGAGAUCUGUACAAGCUUGGCUUCAUCAUUGCCUCUGUCUGCGGAGGACUGCUGUUCAUUCUCACUCUCUACUGUCUCAUCACACAAAAGAAAACUCAUAAUCCUCACAGAUCAAGAUCAUAUACAAACUCAAGCAGAGACCUGCAGGACAUAGAGAUGGAGUCACAAUAAUACAGUAAAGACCACAUCACUGCAGCUGCAGACGAAGCACUCGAGAAGCUGUACAUUUUAUCCACCGUGAACAUGUUUGCAUAUCAGUAUUGUGUGUGUAAUGUAUCACAGUCACCUAUUUAAUCAGAAGCUUCGCUUUGACUGAGCGCAAAGAUGGACCUUAUCUGGAAUAAUAUGCUAUGUAUAUGAUGUUUAUGCGUUAUCUAUUGCAGAUAUUUACUUUUCAAGUUCACAAAAAAAGUUUUAUUUUUACACUAGUUAUGUGUGUGGAAUAAUGUGUCUCCACUUGCUACCACUUAACCAACUGUUGUAAUGUUGUUUGCGAAACGCAAGUUAUUUAUUUGUUUGACUUCAUUCAAUCUCUGUAUAGAUAAUAAAAAUCCCAUCAAUACCAAAUCCAAAAUAUAAUGUUCUCCAGCUGUCCAGCUAACAGUGCACUUACACUGUCCGUGAAUCCAGUGGAACCACAUCUAAAGGCCAGGUAGUUACCAUCUAAAAUAAUUUAGGCCACUUUACAGCCUACAUUCUGUUUGACUGAACACUUUAUGGGGAGUCAAUAAACCUUGCCCAACAGCCAUUCCCACCUCUUUGGAAAGGAUUAUUUUACAGUGCAGAUCAAUACACAGUCUACAUGCAGCCAACGUUUAAAUGUUUUGUCCAAAUAUUUGUAGAUUUGUAUUUGUUCUGCUUUAUUUGCGAGUCAUAUGAAUAGUUUCAACAUGUUCUUCUGGAGAAUA